CAAUUUUUGUAUUUAAUUCUAGACUCAACUCCUUCUCACUAUUCCACCCUAUCUUCAUUCGCCAUCGUCUCCCCCUAUAGACUUAUUCGCUAGAAGUGUUGUCGACGACGAGUCAGUCGCAACUGUUUUUAGCAAUGGGGCUUUUAGAGGAAAUUCGGGGACCUGUGUCCCAAUACAUGUCGCAACUUUCAACACCGUCGCAAGUCGGUGUUGUCGCGGCCGCUGUUUUAUUUUUUGUUGUCUUCAUAAAUGUCCUACAACAGAUCCUCUUCAGGAACCCCAAGGAACCCCCAGUGGUUUUCCACUGGUUUCCUGUCAUAGGAAGCACUAUCACCUAUGGAAUGGACCCUCCUCGAUUCUUCAAGGAAAACCGAGCUAAGUAUGGUGACAUCUUCACCUUCAUCCUCCUCGGAAAGAAGACGACCGUAUACCUUGGUACAACCGGAAACGAUUUUAUUCUAAACGGAAAAUUGAAGGAUGUAUGCGCUGAGGAUAUUUACACUGUCCUUACUACACCGGUCUUUGGAAAGGAUGUCGUUUAUGACUGCCCCAACUCCAAGCUCAUGGAGCAAAAGAAGUUCAUGAAAAUCGCCCUUACCACCGCUGCCUUCCAGUCGUAUGUACCCAUCAUCUCCGACGAAGUGACGAGCUAUUUCAAGCGAUGCCCCGAUUUCAAGGGCAAGUCUGGUGUUGUGAACAUUCCCAAGAAUAUGGCUGAGAUCACCAUCUUCACGGCCUCCCACUCUCUUCACGGCCACGAAAUUCGAAGCAAGUUCGACGAGUCGCUAGCCGCUUUGUACCACGAUUUGGAUAUGGGAUUUACUCCAUUUAAUUUCAUGCUUCACUGGGCUCCUUUGCCAUGGAACAAGAAACGCGACCACGCCCAGAGAACUAUUGCCAAGAUCUUCAUGGAUACCCUCCAAGAGCGCCGUGCAGCUGGAAAGACUGAUGCGCAAGAUAUGAUGUGGCAUUUGAUGAACGCGUCCUACAAGAACGGCAAUAAGGUUCCUGACCACGAAAUUGCACACAUGUUAAUCGCGUUGCUUAUGGCGGGUCAACACUCUUCUUCUUCGACAAGCUCUUGGAUGAUGCUACGUCUCGCUUCGCGACCGGACGUCAUGGAAGCUCUUUACCGCGAACAGGUCGAGGCCUUAGGCGCUGAUCUCCCACCACUACAAUAUGAGGAUCUUGCGAAGCUUCCAUUGAACCAGGCCAUCGUCAAGGAAACCCUCCGAAUUCAUGCACCAAUCCACUCUAUCAUGCGCGCUGUCAAAUCGCCGAUGCAAAUCCCCGGCACAAAAUACGUUAUCCCUACCAGCCACGUUCUGCUUUCUGCCUCAGGUGUAACAGCAACGGACCCUGCGUAUUUCCCGGACCCCGACAGAUGGGAGCCUUCUCGAUGGAGCAAGGAUUCGCCACUUGCCCCGACCGUGGUGCGCAACGAAACUGAAGACGAGGAGAAAAUCGAUUACGGAUAUGGUCUAGUCAGCAAAGGCUCGAACUCACCCUACCUCCCAUUCGGUGCCGGAAGGCAUCGAUGCAUUGGUGAGCAGUUCGCCAACGUCCAAUUGCAGACUAUUGCCGCCGAAAUCGUUCGCUUGUUCAAGUUCAGGAACGUCGAUGGAAGCGAUAAGGUCGUUGCUACAGACUACGCUUCACUAUUCUCCCGGCCAAUUGAGCCAGCUAAAAUUUACUGGGAAAAGCGAAACUAGUAAACAAAAGUCUUACGAAGGGCGUACUUGAUAGAUAUCUGCCUAGAGUUCUGUACUGUAUAUAGAGCGUUUUGAACUAGAUGACGACAAUGGACCGAGACAAAGGGAUUCGGCCUGCAUGACAUGAAAGCUGAGAACAUACUUAACUAGAAUAAUAUUAAUCAUUGGGGCAUGUCCCUAUUUUCGAAUAUCUAUUCACCCCG